AUGGGCUCCGUAGCAUUCCCCUCUCCCUCGGAACCUCCCAAGCCCUGGGUUGAAACCCCCCUCAUCUAUUCCGCCCAACUAUCCAACACCGCCGGUUGCAACAUCUAUCUCAAGCUCGAGAAUGUCCAGCCGUCAGGGUCUUUCAAGUCUCGCGGCAUUGGUAACAUGAUGCUCCGCUCCACCCUCUCCUCCUCUUCCGAGGAAACCCCCCAGAAAAACCACUUCUUCUGCUCCUCCGCUGGCAACGCCGGCCUCGCUUGCGCUACCACCGCCCACACGCUCGCCUGCCCAGCAACCAUCGUCGUGCCGACCUCGGCUCGGGAGCCCGUCCUCCGUCGUUUGCGCCAACUAGGUGCUUCAGUUGUGAUCCAUGGUAGCUCGUGGUUUGAAGCCGACACGCACCUCCGCGAAGUAGUCAUGCCUGCUUCUGCCGUCGCCGAUAGCAGCGACGGAGAAAAAGUGAAGCAAGUCUACGUGCCCCCCUUUGACCACGAAGACAUCUGGGCCGGAGCAGCCACUCUGAUGGACGAAGUCGCUGAGCAGAUGAAGGUGGUGCAUCGCGCCUUUCUCGACGCCGUGGUGUGUAACGUCGGCGGAGGCGGGUUGUUGAACGGAAUCAUGGAGGGGGUUUGGGGUCCUACCCGCAACAAGGGAGGGAGAGGGAUGGGUAAAGAAGUAGGAGGCGGCAAAGAGCCGCGGGUCUUGGCCAUUGAGACCGUUGGAGCCGAUAGCUUCAACCAGUCUGUCCAAGCAGGCGAGCUGGUCAAGAUGAAGGCCAUCACCAGUAUUGCGGCUAGCUUGGGCGCGCUGCAGGUUUCCCGCAAGACGUGGGAGUGGAGGCAACAAGUCGGCGGGAAGAAUCUGGUGAGCGCGACGGUGACGGAUGCGGAGGCCGCCAUGGCGAGUGUGAGAUUUGCGGACGAGCAUCGCAUGUUGGUGGAGGUGGCCUGUGGCGCGACAUUGGCGACGGCGUAUAACGGGGAUUUGAGAAAGUACCUGGGGAAGGGACUGAGUGAGGAGGAGUGGAGGAACUUUAAUGUGGUGAUGGUGGUUUGUGGAGGGAGUCAUGUUAGUGUGGAUGUGUUGCAGCAGUAUAAGGAGGAGUAUGGGAAGGAGGUUACUUGGGCUUGA